AUUUGGAAUAUAAUUUAAGGAGAACGCCUCAAGACUACACGAGUGUGUUUAGAAUUGACUUUGGCUAAUGAACAGAAAAACAUUUUAUGCCUUCGCAUACAUGAAGAUAUUUAACAGUAUAUUUAGAUAAUAUGUCAAAUAUAAUUAUGGGUAACCAUAUAAAGGUCAGACAAUUUUAUCACAUAGCCUCUUCACCAUCACAUUUUUUGAAGAACAGAAUUAUAAAUAAAUCUGGAUACAUUGUAUGCUCCUUUCAGGUAUUUACAAAUGCCUAAUACUGUUUUAGUGACAUACAUAGGGAAGGUUUCGUUGAAAAUAUCUUUGUCUCAUAAUAUCAUAAAACGUGCAAAACGUAGGCCUAUAUGACGCACAUGUUUUCAGUUCUAGGUAGGCAGCUGGAAUUUAUAAUAAAUAAAUAUUUUGUAUAAUCGAUAAAGAAAGAUUAAAAUCUAAAAUGGAUAUAUUAACAUGUGAGAUAUGACUGUAAUAUAAACAAAUUGAAUGGCUCGUGGCAAUGUACAAUAAACAUAUCGAUGAUAAUAAAAUUAUGACUGUUGUCAAUUUCAUAGAAAACGUCAAUAAUUUCUUAUUUACCCGUAGGAAGUAAGUGUCAAAAUAAAUAUCCAUUCAUGAUGUUAUUUUUAUCGAUAAAAUGUAUUUCCUUGCACAUUUUUCUUACUUACUUCACACGUGAAACACAGGCUUAAAUGAUUCCUUUCACUCGAAAUAGCGCACUUAUGAGUAAGAUUUUGCUUUUUAUUUGAAGGUAUUGAGAAACAGAUACAACUGUUCACAUUUGUUUCAUUUUAUUUACCUUUUAUUGCUUUUUAUUUACAGUUAAAGAAAUGACAAGUGGCGAGGAGCCCAGCACGUGCUGGCUACAGGACGGGUUACGUCUGUUGUAUGAGGACCGGAAACACUGUGACGUAAAGAUUCGCGUGCAGAAGGAAGUCUUUCCGUGCCACAAAGUAGUGCUAUCGGCUGCAUCCAAAUAUUUUGACGCCAUGUUCUCGUCUGGAAUGAAGGAAGCAAAAGCCGACAGUGCAAAUAUCGAGGAUGUCGACCCGAGCACAUUUAACGAUGUAUUAGCUUUUAUUUAUAAUCAUGAAAAUGUCAUUACAACGCACAAUGUUGAGGAACUGUUAUUUUCCGCUUGUCGAUUUCAAAUUUUACCACUCAAAGAAAAAUGUGUCAACUUUUUAUUAGAACAAUUAUCGCCAGAUAACAGUGUCGGAUUUUGGGCCAUUGGACGUUCUUUGACAUGCGAAAAGUUGGCAGACACAUCGCUGGAAUUCAUUCUUGAUAAUUUUGACGACAUUGUUAGAAGCGACGAGCUGAUGAGGUUGGACAACCAAGACUUUCUCAAUCUAAUCAGUGACGAAAAUUUAAAAGUUCAGAAUGAAGAAAACGUGUGUAGAGCUGCAUUGAGAUGGGUCGAUGCAGAUGGAAAUAGCAGACGAGAAUUCAUGCCGAAAAUUCUAAGCGAAAUGAGACUUUGUCAAGUUAGCCUUGACUUUAUAUUAGAAGAACUCUUCACGAAUCAAUAUGUAUACCAAAAUGAGAACUGUUCUCCGAUAUUAAAAAAUGCAAUCAAAUACCACGCGAUGCCAGAGAGCCGACAUAUGUUCCAAACCAUGAAAGUCCGGUUGAGAAGUGUGUCUGAUCGAAUAGCCUUAACCUGGGUUCUCGGGAAACGUACGUCUAGCUGCGGCGAUUAUAUAACUGAGUUUAUUGGCCACAGCGAAAAGGAUAAUUCAUGGUACAGUUUAUGUACCGCACCGAUAGAACUUGAUGAAGACUUUGCCGCGUGUCCCCUUGGUGACGAUUUGUUCGUCUCUGGCGGAACUUCAAAGCCAAAUUGCCUGUAUCAGUUUUCAGCAAAAUUGUGUAAGUGGAUUGAAAAACCUCAGAUGAGUCAAGGGCGAUACAGGCAUGCAAUGGUUGCUGUGAAUAAGACCUUGUAUGUACUUGGUGGUAAUAACUUUGGCGCCAUUGGCAGCGUAGAGGUGUAUGAUUUGCUAACAAACACGUGGAACAACGCUGGAGAACUGAAACACGCGGUCGAUGCUGCCUCCGUUGCUGUGUAUGGUGAGAAAAUAUACAUUUUCGGAGGCUGGCAGGGCUUUUCCGAGGAGUCAUCGGAAAUUCAGUGUUUUGAUACGACGACAAAUACAUGUACGAUAGUCGGAAAUUUACCAUCACCGCAGAAAGAAACACGUGCAGUCACAUUUGAAAACAAAACAUACAUCACGUGCACAAAUGGUGACGUUUACUGCUUUCAACCCGAAUCUGGUAUAAAACUCGUUAACAGAGUGAAGGAUUUUAACAAGAGAAAUUUCGGCAUGUUUAAAGAUAACACGUCGCUUUAUCUCCUUGGUGGAGAGCUAAUCGACAACAUUGGCACCCUGUCCGGGGAUGCCGAAAGGUCUAGCACUCAAAUAAUUCGACUAAGCUCGCACGUGUCAAGUUCGAGAUUUCCGGAGCAGCUUCCGGUUGCGAUGGAAGUAUAUAACUGUUACAGGACUGUGGUCAAAGUGCAAUAUCCUCUGGUAUCUUUCUCCGAGCAGUUAGAAUUCAUGUAGAUAACACUUUGAAGUUUGUUAUCUUUUUACAACUACAGUAUAUACAAAUAGAGUGUAGACUAACAAGUGUCAAAAGGCUAAAACUGAUAUGUUACAAAAUGACAUUGGAGGCUCGUGGCUUGCAGUUUUACCAAUUAGAAUUUUUACUUUAAUAGUUGUGUGCUGGCAUAUAAUACUUUUAUAAUACAAGGGCUACAUAUUGUGAGAAAUUCAGGUUUGACAACCUUUUCGAUAGCGUGUGACAUAGUAUAAUUUUGUGUUUUUUGUAUUUAUCUAUUUAUUUAUGUAUUUAUAUAUUUAUUGGUCUAUUUAUUUAUCAUUCAAACUUCCUAGUGAUACGCGUGAUUUUUAUAUAUAAAUAAAUUUAUCUGAUUGUUUAUUUGUCUCCAGUUAUGUCUUCUCCUGUUGGUGUAUCAUAAAAACGACCGUAAAAUGUUCUUUUUGAUUAACCAAAACUGUAAAGUUUUGGGAUGGUUUUUUUUACAAUUUCUCCGAAAUAACUAUAAAGGUCAUAGCA